UUCAUCAUUAUUAUUUAUAAUUCAUGUAUAAUAUAUUUCUUAUAACGUAUAUGAGAUUUAUAUUUUAGUAUUAUAUCAUAAAAGUUUAUUAUUAAAAAUAAGGGGCUAAGCUUGAUCUUAAUUGGAACAAGAAUAUUAUCAAUAAAAGACUUGGCUUCGGCCUUUCAUGCGAACCUAUAUGUAUAUGAAGAAAAUGAAACAUGAAGAACACGAAAUACUACUUUUAUGGGAAAUUGUACUAUUUAUGUUUGAAGAUGAAGAUUAUAUAAAUACUUAGCUUGACUUUGAACAAGCUGUGUAACGUGAAGAAUAGAAAAAUAAAAAUGAAGACUUGGCUGUAUGGGCUUUUGACCCCUUUGCCUGUCCAGAUGGACGAACAGAACCAAAAAAAAAUGAAUGUUAAAAGUGAAGGCUGAAAACCUCAGUAAUUGUUGGAACAAAAAAACGGUUGUGUUUUUACUUUUUAGAUAUUUUCAGUAUAAUGAAACAAUAAUUAUAAAAAAUAAAGUUUUUUAAUAAUGGCUGUAAUAUUAAAGUAUAUUAUAGCCGGCCUCGUACGAUUUUGGCUGAUACAUACUGACUAUUGGCAAACAAUUUCGAACAGAGUUGAGAUUGCUACACCCUUAAACUCAUGGAAGAGGCUAAUAGAAGGAGUUUAUUUAUAUGAUAAUUCCAUUAAUCCCUACGAAGGAGAUUCAUUUCAUGAGUCUCCUAUACUUUUAAUUUUCUUUCACUUUAUAUUAAAGCAAGCUCCAUACAUAAUGCCCAUGUUUUUUACAAUUCUUGAUCUUCUCACAGCCUAUUUUCUCUAUAAAACAAGUAAAGAGUUUGUUGGUUUAUUAGAGAAAAACAAAGAUGAUAUAGCAAAUGAAUCAAAAUCUAUGCUCUUACAGGGUUCUCAACUUUCUGAGGUACCAGAGUAUGUUUUAUCUGUAUUUUUAUUUAAUCCGUACACUAUUCUGAAUUGUGUUGGGAUGACUACAACUGUUAUACAGAAUUUAUUUCUGUCUGUCUCAUUGUGGAGUGCAGUGACUGGAUACCAGCUGAUAUCUUGUGGAUGUAUAGCAUUUGCAACUCACCAAGCAUUAUACCCAAUAACUUUGAUAGUGCCUAUAUCUAUUCUCUUAGCUGAUGCCAACAAAGGCUGUAACAAAUGCUCAUACAUACGAACUUUAUUGGUUUUUGUACUCUGCUGGGGAUUUUUAAUAUAUAUAUCAGCUUAUAUUAUGGAUGGCUCAUAUGAUUAUGUUUAUAAUACAUAUGGAUUCAUCUUAAAUGUACCAGAUUUAAAGCCAAAUAUUGGGCUAUUUUGGUAUUUCUUCACAGAAAUGUUUGAGCAUUUCCGGCUGCUGUUUGUGUGUGCAUUUCAAAUCAAUGCAUUAGUUCUAUAUGUGGUGCCUCUGACGCUGAGAUUCAGGAAUGAGCCAAUGUUGUUAGCUACAGUGCUAAUCACCUUGUCAGCAAUAUUUCGAUCUUAUCCCUGUAUUGGAGAUGUAGGAUUCUACUUAGCUCUAUUGCCUAUGUGGAAACCCUUAUUUUCUUUUAUGCAGCAAAAAUUCAUAGCUGGAUGUGCGUUUAUAAUAACAUCUGCUCUGGGACCAACUGUCUGGCACCUUUGGAUUUACUCCGGAUCGGCGAAUGCAAAUUUCUUCUUUGGAGUUACACUUUCGUUUGCGACUGCACAAAUAUUUCUCAUCACAGACCUAAUGUUUGCAUAUUUAAAAAGAGAAUUUACUCUCAAACAUGGUACAGCAAGACUAGUUGAUGGAAAACCAGCUAAAUUAGUCCUUAGAUAAUUGGAAUUAAUUAUGUUUUAUUUAUUUUAUCAAUGAGAUUGUAUAUACUAACUGACACCUGUCUUACAAAAGAAAUUGCAUUUAUUUUAAUUUUUAAGUGUGUUCAAAUAGUUAAAUUUUGAUGAUCAAAAUGUUACCAAAAUAAUUUUCACACUAUAAUAAUAAACAAUUAGUUUUGAAUUCACAAUUUAAAAUGAACUUAUUACUAUAGUUAUAUUUAUGCAGUUCUAUUGACUGUACCACUGUCAGUUUAGUCAAAAGGAGUUUCUAUCUUACAAAAUGUGGGUAGUGAUAAUAAAAAAUAGAAGUUUUUGAUCUUGAGGGUGUUAAGUAUGAACCACCGUCUUGGAUAGCAGUGGGUACUUCGGCUUACUAGAGAUUGGGUAUGCAUGAGCUCACUAUUGUAAGAAAAACUAGUUUUGGUGUAAUUUAUUUUAUUUAUUUACUACAUGUAGAACGGUCAUUACAUGAAACUAAUGUGACAGUUACAAAAACGAAUAAUACAUGAAAACAACAAGCAAGUCAAUCUUAAACUUAUCAAAUAACAAUAAUAUAUUACAAAACAUAUGUACAUUACUUUACAAAUAAUACAUUUCACUAGAAAAUACACAAAACUUAAACAUACUAAUCUAAUAUAUAAAUUUCUCAUGUCGCGGUUUUUGUAGUUAAACUCCAUCGAAAUGGUAUGACCUCAUCUCAUGAAAUUGUGAGUGCAUAUUGGGUAGGUCUGAGAAUCGGAAAACAUCUAUUUUUCAUCCCCCUAAAUGUUAAGGGUGGUCCACGCCAAAUUUUUUUUUUAAUUUUAUUGACAGUUUUUUAAAUUUGUUUGAUUAUGAGUCAGCAUUAAAAAAUACAUAGAACUUCAAAUUUUCACCCAUCUACGAUCAACAGUUACUUUUGUAUCGCGAUUUUAAUAUCGGCAAUACAACGUUUGUUGGGUCAGCUAGUAUUUAGUAUAAAAUACUACAUAUAACAAAACCCUUGCGAGUCACUCCACAUACACCCAAGAAUGUCCACUUUGAUGUAGAGUUCAUUUAUAUGGCUAAGGGCUCUAGUUAAAGGCAGACACAUUUGUUCUCACCAACGGAAUGGGUAGUAAUGGCGGAUGGAGUCACACAUGUAAUAUUGUAAACUAUUGUGUUACAAAAUGUAAUAAUAUUUUCCAAAAGAGCUGUAUGUUGUAGCAUAUUGUAUUUUAAAACAAUAAUAUUGUUUUAAUAAGCUGGAAAUCCACAUAUUUAAAAAAAUGUUUAUCAUGAACAAUAAUCACAAAAAUUAGUCACAAAAGUAGUUUUUGGUAUAAAAAUAUUUUUUUUGUUAUUUUGGUUAAUUUGAAUAACAGUAUUUUUAAAUUUAAAGUUUAAUAAAUUAAGUUAUUAGAUAUGUCAUUGUUUCUUGUUUUUUGCCUAAAAGAACAUCUUUUAGUCUCAAUACAACAGCAUACUUUGCAAGUAAUGAAACACGAAAUGACAAUUAAUGAAGGUAGUUUUGUGGUAACUUUAUAAUUCGAUAUAUUAUACACCAUAAUAUAUAGGAGUACCGAAAGAGAAUAAAUUUAUUUUACCACUGUAAUAAACUAAGUUUCGGAGAUGCAGACAAACAGUUUAUCCAUAUUUCUUAAAAGUGCCAACCCUGCGGUCGAAUCGUCUCGCUAUUGGGUAUUAUUAGGGUUGAACACUAAUCGCCAAAAACUAUUUUUUAAUGUUGUUACAAUAUUUUCCAUGCUUUUAUAUAUAUUACGUUGUAUAUAUGCAUCAAAACAGGUUAAAUUAAAUUGUUAAUUACGUUAAGUCAAAUUAAAAACGACAAUUCCAUUUAAGAUGAUGUAUUGUUAACUACCUAUUCACGGACUAGUAAAAAAAUAAUGACUCCGUGUCAUCUUACAUUACAGUGUAGCUCCAAAACAAGCCGAUUAACGUGUAAAUACACGCAUAUACUUCCACUACUACAGGCCGAUAGUCGGCCAUUAUGAGAAUUGUCUUCGUCUGUGACAGAUCAGUUUGCGUCUCAAUAAAAUAUUUUAAAAAUGCCGUCGGGCCCUGUGAAAAAUUGUUAAAACAAUAACAUAAAAGUAUGUGUGGAUAUAUGAUUAUUUAAGGGAGAAAAAAUUGUGUUACUGGUAUACCCCGUAACCGCACACACACUAGCAUAUAGGUGCUUCACUUGCUAACCCCGCUGAGUCCUUCUUUUAUACUAGUUCGUGUACCUAUUAUUAUUCGUUUAAAAAAUGUAUUGUGUUUGAGUGAUUAGAUUAAUUUAAACUAUUCUAAUAAAUGUAUAUUAAUAAA